UUUAUUAUUAGAAACCGCGCAAGUAAACAGAGGAGACGAGCCAGCCAAAUCACCGACGAAUCAAAGCUAUGUGGCGUGUUUAUCGUACAUUUGGUGCAGUUUGCUUGUACGUUCUGUGUUUAUUAAUUCACUGCGAGUGCCUCAGUCCCACUGAAUAUGAUAAACAGAGACAAAGCGUGAUAAAAGCGGAACAAUCGAGGCGGUUCGGAUCCUCUAAUGUAUUGAACGAAGGCGAGAAGAAACUUAGCCAGAUACUGGUUGAAGCAAAGCAGAGGGAAUACAACUCUUCGAGGGUUAAUGGAACCAUUUUCCCACCUUCAGUCAGCUUUUUCCAGACAAAGAAGCUCAUCGAGAAGAGCCAGGUGUUUAAGAUAAUACAGCGAAUGCCUAAAGGUGGCGCACUGCACACCCAUGACUCGUCCAUCACGAGUCUGGACUGGCUGAUCAAGAAUGUCACCUACCGACCUAACUGCUACAUGUGCUUUGACCAGAACAAACAGCUGCAGAUGCACUUCUACAGUACACCGCCGCAGAAUACAGACUGCAAGUGGCAAACUGUCAAGAGUAUGAGAGCUCGGUCGGGGAAUAUCGAUCUGUUUGAUUCAUAUUUGCUCUCCAACAUUAGCAUCGUCGUGGACAACCCCCAAGAUGUAUAUGUGACCGUGAACGACGUGUGGAAGAAGUUUGGCAGCUACUUCGUCGUGGUGAAUGGAUUGUUUCUGUACGAGCCUGUCUUCAGGGACUAUCUGGUUGAGGCAUUGACACAGUUCAAGGCAGAUAAUGUGCAGUACCUGGAAAUAAGGGCAUUGCUGCCGCGGCUGUAUGACCUCAAUGGUACUGAAAGCGACCCCGAAUACACGCUCCAGCUGUAUCGGGACGUCAUCAAGCGGUUCCAGAAGGACAACCCCGAUUUCAUUGGAUGCAAGCUGAUUCAGAGCGCUAUCAGGUUUUCACCCCUGAAGAGUGUGAUGUCGUCACUGAAACAAGCAAUCACCUUCAUCCGGAAGUACCCCGACGUUUUCCGGGGUUUCGACCUUGUGGGUCAAGAGGGCCCCGGUCACACCCUGUACUACUACCUAGCGGAUCUCCUCUACCCCUCGCAACAGUCGCCGCCCAUCAACAUGCCCUACUUCUUUCACGCAGGGGAAACGGAUUGGGAGGGUAGCCAGGUCGAUCUGAAUCUCAUCGACGCCGUCCUGCUCAACUCCACCCGCAUCGGCCACGGCUUUGCCCUCUAUAAACACCCGGAAGUGAUGAAGAUGAUUAAAGAGAAAGAUAUAGCUAUUGAGGUCAACCCGAUAUCUAACCAGGUACUAAAGCUUGUGGAUGACUUGCGUGAUCAUGGAGCUGUAAGUCUGUUUGCCGACAACUUCCCGCUGGUAGUAAGCAGUGACGAUCCUGCCGCUUGGGGCGCUCUUCCUCUGUCACAUGACUUCUACAUGGCGUACAUGGCGCUGGUGGGGGAAGACGAUGGACUAGAGGUUCUUAAACAGCUUGCUAUGAACUCUAUACAGUACAGUGCAAUGACCAAAGACGAGAAGCUUGGCGCCAUUUCCAAAUGGGAGAACGCAUGGAACCACUUUAUCCUGGAGAUCCUGAAAAGCUUGGACACAUUUUGGGUCGUCCAAAACUCUGUCUCUAACAAAUCCCACCCCACCGUCCCCAAGUAACAUCAGUGAUAGUCCGUAUUAGGAUAUUUGUUGGGGGUGAAAUAGUCAUCAUCCCAAGGGGAUCCAAACUCUUAACUACUACUUUACCAGCUGCUUCUCCGCAUAUACUGAGAUAAACAAAUCAAACGUUCCUUUUAUUUAUUUUUGUCCAGUUUUCAUCUCCAGCUUUGAAUAGCGCUGUGGUGAUGAAAACUGGAAAAUGAUAAAGGAACUCCCGAAUAUUCCUGUGAACCUUUAUUUGUUUCUCUCAGUAUAUAUUGAUCGAAACCUAACCUAAAGAUUUCACAUUUUGUGAGUAAGCAUGUCUUAACCCCGCUUUAAGCACUACAUGAGGAAGAAGCACACCGAGAAUUGGGUUGUUUUCUAUUCAGCAAUAUAUUUAAUUUCAAUUUUUGCAUGCCAUAUAUUUUAUACACAGGUUUACAGAUUUUACUAUCUGCUCGCAGCCUGCUUUUAACAGACUAAUUAUUUCUUCCAUUUUUAUGAUAAGAAUGUAUUUAUAAUUGUAAAUAUGUAUGUGCUCAUGCUAUGAAUAUUCUGAUGCUGUGAUCAUGUGGGAUGAGUGUUGAAUAUUGCAGGUUUGGGACCAGUGAUAUUAUAGUUUGUAUGGGACCAUGCUUGGAGCAAGUAUAGUGGAAAUACUCCUUGAAUACCGACAUGAACCUCGAUUUGAACUACAUGCAGGGCAUCCAAAGCCUACAACUUGUGCUAUUGUUUAGGACGAUGUAGCUAUCACCAAUACUGACCGAGUUGAUACAAAUACAGUCCGGAUUACAAA